CGCAUUCGAUCAACGAUGUAAAACCAGGUUGUAAUAUUUUUCUCCGUUUUUCUUUUCACAGUUUACCGUUCCCGCUGAAAACGAUGGCGACGAAAAAGCCGUCGAAACCGCUGAUUAAGAUGUGCAAGCUGAUCUCCCGUGUGGGGAAGGUGCUGAAGCGCUCGGAGCAGGCCCAUCCCGUUAUCAAAGUGGCUUGCUGUAUGGACGAUGCCCCGGUCAAGACGGCGCUCCCUUCGCUGCCCACGGCGCCGGUAUCGGCGCCCAUUCCCGUCCAGAAACAGUUGCUGGCCAUUCCUCAUAUUACCGUACCGGAUAAUCAUGGGGAUGGGGAAUCACCGGUGCCCAGUCCCCGUGCGGCAUCCUUCCCGCCGACACCGGAUCAUAUUAAGUUCAAUAGCAACUGGGAUUGGGAAGAGGAGAAUUCCUUCUUCCCGGCCACUCGCGAGGAGGUGGUGGAAGUACGGGAUUGGGCCAUUGAUUUCGCUGAUCUGGAUGUUGGGAUGAAGAUGUGCAAAAAUUCUACCGGAGAAAUUUACCGCGGACGGUGGCAUGGGAAUGUGUUAAUUUACAAGCACCAGGAUUCCAGUGCCGUUGAGCAAUUUAUGUCGGAUGUGGAGAAUUUCUCUAAAAUUCGCCACGAAAAUGUGCUGUUAUUCAUGGCGGCAUCGGUGGAUAACGCGAAUGAAUUGGCUAUUGUCAUGCAACCGCCCAAACACGGUGAAAGCCUACACCGGCUGCUGGCAUCGCCGCGGCGCUUAAACAAACUUCCGCAUACACUGAAAUGGAGCAUUGCCCAUCAAAUAGCCCAAACCAUCAGCUACCUGCACGCCAAAGAUAUUCUCGUUGGACCGGCACUGCACAGUGGAAAUAUUUUCCUUGAAUCCAAGAUCAAAUUGAGCUUGGUGGAUUUCGGAUUUGGCUCCGAUAUGUUUUCGCGGGAUGCAUCGCAAAACUAUUUGGCUUCAUAUCUGGCACCGGAACUGGCCACUUUGGAAGGCCACCCCUCCAGCAUGAACAUUCCCGAAUUGAAAUCCCACUGGACAGAAGCGUGCGACAGUUUCGCCUUCGGCUCAUUGUUAUACGAAGUAUUUAUGGAAGAAAAACCCUUUGCCAAUCUGACGCCGGCCCAGCUAAUUGAAUCAUUACACAGCGGUGCGGCGAUGAAGAUGGUGGAGCGCGUAGAAAUACCGCCAACCAUCCAGAAAAUCAUCAGCCAAUGCUGGCAUGCCGUACCGGCUAAGCGGCCCACUUUUGUGGAGAUUGUACAGUUGGCAUCCAAGCGGAAGGUCUUUAUGCUGGGCCGGCAUAGUUCAUCGCAGCCGGAUAAUCUGGAUAUGCUCAGUGUCUCACAUUCCAAAUCCUUCGGCUAAAUUAUUAUAGACGUUUGUUGAUUUAAGGAAAAAUGUGUUUCUCAUGUAUAUAUUUGUUCUCUCUAUUUUUAUGCCAUGAAUGAAGCUCGUUGUAAAUUUUUGUACAUGUGCGAGUAUAUUUUUUGUCUGUGUAUAUUGUACAUGUGUGUAUUAUGGAUGGCGUCGUUUUGGUUGGGAUUUUCCACUGUGCAAUCACAGCUUUGUGGUUCAUUCGAAACGGAAAUUAAUGAAUUCAAUGACAGCUGAAA